UUUCAGGUGUUGCUCCCUUGCUCCUUGUUUUUUUUUAACGCUAUAUUAUUUGUGAAAGGAAAGUGCUCCGGUAAAAUUGAUCUGUGUGAAUCUGUGAUAAAACUAGCUCGUUAUGUGUUCUCGGAAUAGUAAAAUGGUAGAUUUUUAUUAUGAGUUCAAAAACUACAACGAUUCUGUAACUAUAAAACUAAUUUAUCCCGUGAGCAUCCCGUACACCAGCAGUACGAACGAACUGGCGCAUCGGAUAGUUGCAAAACGAAUGGACCCUAUAAUGAAGUUUUUGCUGGCCGAUAAAGAAUUAAUAGUACCACUUGACCAUUUUAUUCGAACGGAGAAUCAAAAGUUCUACGAUGAACAGGAUGAGCUGUUACUCGAACAGCUUGCAACAGGUCACAUCGACGUCGAUUCGGUUGCAUUGGAUCUAGAGAAAUUGUACAAGGACGAAAUAUUGGAAUACGCCGAUCGAGUUGGGCCUUCGGAUGAAGAGAUUUUUGCACAAAGCUAUCACCAGCUGGUUCACUCGUCGGUUCUUUCUGAGAUUCUGAACAAAGAGAGAGAUUAUGCCAAAACGAUAACAAAUUUGACUGCCCAAAUGACCCAACAGAUUACAACUAUGAACACACUGCACCAGGACGAAAUUGAAGCGAAGAUGAAACUACUGGACAUAUCUGUUACUUCUGAAAAUAUCAAUCACAUUUUGGCUAAACAGUAUGGUAUGCAGAACAUGAUUCGAAAACAAUGUGAAUCGGAACUGGAGUCAACGAGAGGUCAUCAGAAAUAUGAGUAUCGAGAUUGGAUUACGACACAUAUUGAUGAGAACUUUUUAGCGGAAUCGGACAGCCCCACCCAAAUUGGAAAUCGUUGGUCAAUGAUUUCAACUCAGGGACCAUCGAUGGAAGAAAGCUUCACCAUACAUUUGGGGUCGCAACUCAAGCACAUGCAUAACAUUCGCAUUCUGAGCACCAAACUUUCCGAUUUAUGCAACCCAUUGUACGGAGAGAACAGCUUUGGUGGUCCAAAUGUUGCUCUGGGAUUGUAUUCGAGUUCUCUCUGUGGGAUAGUGGUGCUAACGCCGUCCGGACAAGUGUCACCGGAUUCAGAAAUACGGCGGAAUGCUAACAUGUCAACGGAAUUUCAUUUCGAUCAAGUAGAUUAUCAGAUUGAAAAAAUUCAGGAUGAUCUGCGAAAGCUCAGACAGACGGGGGAAGCUGAGCGUGACAGUAAGAGUGAUUGUCGACUGAAACCAGGAGACGUGUACAUCACCCGUCACUCGAACCUGUCGCACUCGCAUGUAAUCUUCCAUCUAAUCUCGGACGAAACAUUCCAGAGCCCAAGCGAAAUUAACUCCCGCCAUCCGGUUAUUCUGGGAUUGCGCAAUAUUCUUAAAAUUUCCAGCAGACAUGAUGUAACGACACUAACAAUACCAGCUUUGCUGAGGCACACCAUGUCAGAGGACAUGACGGUAAGCUGGUGUGUUCGCCGUGCCGAACUAGUAUUCAAGUGUGCCAAAGGCUUUAUGAUCGAAUCAGCAAGUUGGGGUGGAGCAGAGCUGAACACGCUGCAGUUACUCUUGCCGUUUGAUAUUUCCGAAGAACUGUUUCGAACGCUAGCUGACAUGGUUCCGCACGUAUUUCGAGUAGCGAAUCCUAAAAUUUUACAGUAAGCUGUGAAUUUCCGCACGGAGCUGAAUACUAUGUCACUGGCAAACGCAGUUAUCAGUCAUCGUGGGUGGGGGUGGAUCCAAAUUUAUGAUAAAAUCCAUUCUGUGCAUCGUUAUGAGAUGCUAGUAUGUAAAUAUUAUAAUAUGUAGUAUAAAUCAGAGUUAUUAUUCUGCAUUCGGUUUUUGUACUCUCAACUAAAAAGAAGUUACGGGACAAUUUGGAAAAAUUGUAUGUGAAGCGUGUUUCGUUCUGUGUGAAUUAAUUUUAGUUUCAAUUUAAAAAAAAAACGAAGCCAAAAAAGUUAAUCUUGAUAAUUGAAUGCUAAUUAUUAUGUUAUAUAAUUCAUUUGUUAAUUUGGUUUGAUUCUGUACACUGUACAGAUUUCGGAAAAAAUGACGGUUGAGCAGCAAUCGAAAUUUUUACUAUUCUGUCGAACCAUUAAGUAUGAUCGAAAUGUAAAACAGGUUAAUUACAAAUUGUUUACGUUAGCUUUAUGAACAGUAUAAAUACGGAAUAAACAAA